CUUUCACACUCUAUAAUGAUUAACUUUGUUCUGGUCUUCCAGGAUUGUGUUAAAAAUUGUGGAAUGAGCGUUGAUUUAUCGACCUUAAAAAAGUCAGGACACUCUAUUAACCGAUCAUUCUACUCAUCACUAUUCCUCAAUAUGGAGAAACAUGCAAGCAAUGAAUGGAAAUCCCCGCCGAUUCUCGUUGAAUUUAGACAUGUCCGUAAAAUUGCUCUUGAACAUUUAAAAAAAAUCCAACAAGGUGGACCUCCUAUCGGUUGCACAUCAACCAAAUCACCAGCAACUUUGCCAUCAACAAGCCAAUACAACAACAACAAUUCCAACAACCGCAACCGUAAAACAAAUCCCCUUCAAUUUUCAGAUGUAUAUGAAUUGGAGAUGAAUACUGUGGCCAAAGACUUAAGCACUGAAAGCGAAGCUUUAACGAAAACCUUUCUAGAUCAAAAACCAAAAGGUAAACCCAAAUUGAACAUACAACGAGAUGUCCUUAACCAAGAAGCUGUUAUCAAACAAACACGCUAUACAGCGCGUGACAAAAGUGUCCUCUAUGGAUUGCGUAAAUAUUGGAGUACUUGGAACUUCCUCAGUUUAUUCACAGGAAUUGUUCCAAUUAUACAAUGGCUACCAAAAUAUUCACUGCGAAAGGACCUUAUUGGAGAUAUUAUUGCUGGAUUUACGGUAGCCAUUAUGAAUAUACCACAUGGCAUGGCCUAUGGUAUAUUGGCUGGUGUAACAGCUAGUAAUGGAUUGUAUAUGGCCAUAUUUCCAGUAUUAGUUUAUUUGUUCCUUGGGACAUCGAAGCAUAUAUCGAUAGGAACGUUUGCUGUCAUCAGUAUCAUGACAUUUAAAGUUGUGCAGACACAUGCGACGGAGGAUUUGCAACCGGGUGAAGAGGGUUAUACGCCGUUGGAGGUUGUCACUGCCACGGCCAUGAUGACGGGGGUUAUUCAUUUAUUAAUGUCACUUAUGCGAUUGGGAACACUCUCAGCGCUGUUAAGUGAUCCUUUGGUCAAUGGUUUCACAACUGCAGCUGCAGUUCAUGUAAUUACAAGCCAGUUGAAGGAUGUCCUGGGAGUAUCAGUUCCUCGACACAAGGGUGCUUUCAAGAUCGUUUAUACCUUCAUUGAUUUAGGAAAGUCGAUACCAGCAGCAAAUAUAACCAAUAUAAAAGUUUGUGCCUGUGUCAUAGUCUUCAUGGUAGUUAUGAAUGAGUUCCUUAAGCCGUGGGUGGCCAAACGCACGCGGUUUCCCAUCCCAGGCGAAUUGAUGGCUGUUGUUGGUGGAACCCUAGUAUCAAAGUAUAUGGACCUAAAUGGAAAUUAUGGUGUUAAUUUGCUUGGCACCAUACCAUUAGGUCUGCCAACAUUUAAUAUCCCACCUUUAGAACUGUUGCCGAUGGUGGCUGUUGAUUCAAUAGCCAUAGCUGUUGUAAGUUAUUCCAUUGUUAUGUCAAUGGGAUUAACAUUUGCCAAGAAGCAUUCGUAUGAAAUUCGACCAAAUCAAGAGUUAUUUGCUCUAAGUAUGGGAAAUAUGGUUGGCGGAUGCUUUUCGUGCAUUCCAAUGGCUUGUUCGUUGUCACGUUCUGUUAUACAAGAACAAACAGGUGGUGCAACACAGAUUGCAUCGCUUGUUUCGGCUUUGCUUCUACUGGCAACAGUUCUAUGGAUUGGACCAUUUUUUAAUACUUUACCAAAGUGUGUUUUGUCUGGAGUUAUUAUUGUGGCAUUGAAACCAAUGUUUAUGCAAGCAAGGGAAUUGAAAAAUUUCGCUCAACAAGGAAAGCUGGAACUUCUUACGUGGUUUUUGACAUUCACGUGCGUUGUUUUCAUUGAUAUUGAUAUUGGGCUCCUCGUCGGAAUAUGUGUAUCCCUGAUGACUCUCUAUGUGAAAGGCUUAAAACCUUACAACUCGCUACUUGGAACAAUUUCUGGCAUUGAUGGAGUCUACGUUGACCUUGGUCAUCACAACGAUGCAGUGGAAAUUCCCGAAACAAAAAUCUUCCGCUACACUGGUUCAUUAAAUUUUGCUACAAGAAACUUCUACAAGAAAUCCAUGUAUGAAGCCAUCAAUGUUGAUUGUCAGAAACUUCGUCGAGCUUCCUUAAUAACUACAGAAGCUAAUGGUGGUGAUACCAGUAUGCUAAAUUCAUUCCGUGUCCUAAUAUUGGACUUUUCAUGUCUUGCCCAUGUUGAUAUGGCUGGUUGUCGGACACUAAGUGAAAUUAAAAAAGAAAUGCGUCUCCUUGGAGCGAGAAUAUUUAUUGCUAGUCCAGCAGAUCGUGUUUAUGAUACAAUUGUUCAUAGCAUGGCUUUGGGAGAGGGUCCUUUUGAAGUAUUUGCCACAUUAAAUGAUGCUGUUGCAUAUGCAAAUGCAUGUCGUAAUACGUGAUAGAAAUGUAAGAACAUAGAACAAUAACUAAAAAUCUACUUAAAUGCGAAAUCGAACAACUACAUAACUCAAUUCGAUAAUAAAAAUUUGUUUUUAUUAUUUUUUUUUU